UCCCUCAUAACACACCGCGCAGCCAUUCCCGCCUCUCCCCCAACACCCCCGUAACCUAGCCGCCGCUCGCCUCCUCUGAGCCGUCCAGACCCUUCUCGCUCGCCGGCGCAAUGGAUGACUCGGAGAACAACGCCCCCUCGACGCCGGGGUCCCCCGGGUUCAGCACCGACCGGCUGCCGCCCAACACCACCACCAGCCGCGGCGCCACCGACCCGUCGUCCUACUCCGACGACGACGGCGAGGCGGAGGUCGACCCCCACGUGCUCCCCGAGGACGACGACCCCGCCGCCGCCGCGCCGGCCGACGAGGAGGACGAGGAGGGCGAGGACCUCUUCAACGACAACUACCUCGAUGAUUACCGAAGGAUGGAUGAGCAUGAUCAGUAUGAGUCAGUUGGUUUAGAUGACUCGUUGGAGGAUGAGAGGAAUCUUGAUGAAAUUAUGGCUGAUCGAAGGGCUGCAGAAGUGGAGCUUGAUGCAAGGGAUGUGAGGACUGGUCCAGCAGCUGACCGGAAAUUGCCAAGGAUGCUCCAUGAUCAGGAUACAGAUGAGGAUAUGAAUUUUAGGCGUCCUAAAAGGCACAGGACUAGUUUUAGACCACCUAGUGGACCAAGAACACCAAGAAGUGAUGAUGAUGGUGAUGGUGCCACUCCUAGUUCACCAGGAAGGUCUCAGCGUGGCUAUUCUGGUGGUGAUGUGCCUAUGACUGACCAGACUGAUGAUGACCCAUAUGAGGAUGAAUUUGAUGAAGAAGAUGAGAUGAACAUGUACCGUGUCCAAGGUACACUAAGAGAGUGGGUCACAAGAGACGAAGUCCGGCGCUUCAUUGCAAAGAAAUUUAAAGAGUUCCUCCUUACAUAUGUAAACCCAAAGAAUGAGCAAGGAGAGUUUGAGUAUGUUCGGCUUAUUAACGAGAUGGUUUUAGCUAACAAGUGUAGCUUGGAGAUAGACUACAAGCAGUUUAUUUAUAUACAUCCAAACAUUGCCAUCUGGUUGGCUGAUGCACCUCAAUCAGUGCUGGAAGUUAUGGAGGAAGUAGCCAAAAAUGUUAUUUUUGAUCUCCACAAGAAUUACAGGAACAUCCACCAAAAGAUCUAUGUCCGAAUAACCAACCUUCCUGUCUAUGAUCAAAUACGCAAUAUUAGGCAAAUCCAUCUCAACACAAUGAUUCGAAUUGGUGGUGUUGUUACUCGACGAUCUGGUGUCUUCCCUCAGUUGCAGCAGGUGAAGUAUGACUGUAGCAAAUGUGGAACUAUCCUGGGCCCUUUCUUCCAGAACUCCUACACUGAAGUGAAAGUUGGAUCAUGCCCUGAAUGCCAGUCCAAAGGACCAUUCACAGUCAAUGUUGAGCAGACUAUAUAUAGGAACUACCAGAAACUCACUCUUCAGGAGAGCCCGGGAAUUGUUCCUGCUGGCAGGCUUCCCAGAUACAAGGAAGUCAUUCUUUUGAAUGAUCUGAUUGAUUGUGCUCGUCCAGGAGAGGAAAUUGAGGUCACUGGGAUAUACACAAACAAUUUUGACUUGUCUUUGAAUACAAAGAAUGGUUUCCCUGUUUUUGCUACAGUGGUAGAGGCCAACUAUGUGGCAAAAAAGCAGGAUCUCUUUUCUGCAUACAAAUUAACCGACGAGGAUAAGGCAGAGAUUGAGAAGUUGUCCAAGGAUCCAAGGAUUGGGGAAAGGAUUGUCAAAUCAAUUGCACCAUCCAUUUAUGGCCAUGAAGAUAUUAAGACUGCCAUUGCACUAGCUAUGUUUGGCGGACAAGAGAAGAAUAUCAAGGGAAAACAUCGCCUAAGAGGCGAUAUCAACGUCCUCCUCAUGGGUGAUCCAGGCACUGCAAAAUCUCAGUUUCUAAAGUAUGUGGAGAAAACAGGACACAGAGCGGUAUAUACAACUGGAAAAGGAGCCUCUGCUGUUGGUCUCACUGCAGCGGUUCACAAGGAUCCAGUAACACGAGAAUGGACACUCGAGGGAGGUGCACUAGUUCUUGCUGAUAGGGGCAUAUGCCUUAUUGAUGAAUUUGACAAGAUGAAUGAUCAAGAUAGGGUGAGUAUACAUGAAGCCAUGGAGCAACAAAGUAUCAGUAUAUCGAAGGCAGGAAUCGUCACAUCUCUUCAGGCUCGAUGCAGUGUUAUUGCAGCAGCAAACCCAAUAGGAGGAAGAUAUGAUUCAUCAAAGACAUUCACUCAAAAUGUUGAAUUGACGGAUCCCAUUAUUUCACGUUUUGACAUCCUUUGCGUGGUUAAGGAUAUUGUUGAUCCAUUCACGGAUGAAAUGCUUGCAAGGUUUGUUGUAGAUAGUCAUGCCAGGUCCCAACCCAAGGGAGCUAACCUUGAAGACAGGGUUCCAACCGAUGUGAAUGAUGAUCCAUUAGCUGCUGCAAGACAAGCUGAUCCAGAUGUCCUUUCUCAAGACAUGCUGAAGAAGUACAUAACUUAUGCUAAGCUGAAUGUAUUUCCCAAAAUACAUGAUGCCGACCUGGACAAGAUUAGCCAUGUUUAUGCUGAACUCCGACGCGAGUCCUCUCAUGGUCAAGGGGUUCCGAUUGCAGUCAGGCAUAUAGAAUCAAUCAUCCGAAUGUCAGAGGCACAUGCGAGGAUGCAUUUGAGGAGCUACGUGUCUCAGGAAGAUGUUGACAUGGCCAUCCGUGUCUUGCUUGACUCUUUUAUUUCCACUCAGAAAUUCGGUGUGCAGAAAGCACUUCAGAAGAAUUUCAGGAAAUACAUGACAUAUAAGAAGGAUUACAAUGAGUUGCUUCUGCUCCUCCUGCGCACACUGGUCAAGGAUGCUCUGCACUUUGAAGAAAUCGUGUCAGGAGCAACCUCACGCCUCACUCACGUCGAGGUCAAAGUGGAAGACCUGAAGAACAAGGCCCAAGAGUACGAGAUCUACGACCUGAAGCCGUUCUUCUCCAGUGCACACUUCAGAGACAACAGCUUCAUCCUGGAUGAAGGGCGCGGCAUCAUCAGGCAUCCAGUGGCAGCAUGACAACUCACUUACCUCCUGUCUACGAUUAGCGUAGCUUGACACCCUGGAUGAACAGCUGCAGCCGCCACUUGCAGGCUAAUCAAACUACUGAGAGUGUCCGACUGCCUUACCAGGAGAUAGAUUGUUGUGCGUUUAUUUCAACUUCUGUAUGGCUUGACUGGGUUCAGAGUGUGUCAUGUAAAGUGUCCAAACAUUGUGUUGUCUUAAUGGGAUCAUUGGUGCUCAAUGGUAUUAUUUAGACAAUUUCCUUGGUGUAAUGAGUUAAUGACCUUGUCUUCAUACACAGAACAAUGUAGUUAGCAUCAAUUGCCAGUACUUGGGUAGUUGGGUUGUUUUUUCAUUUGAGCUUGUAGUUGUAUUGUAUGAGGUGCCCCUGGAAUUUUACUGACCUGGGCAAGAUAAGGCCAUGUCAA